GAAAAGCAGUAGAGGGAAUCCUCGGUAGUAUCAGUAGCACUCUCGAACAGUGCGAAACUUUUAAUGAAGAUUUUCUUAUAAUAAACGCAAUUGUGUAGGAUGGAGUCUCAUAAAUAUGUUUAUAAAAAAAAAUUAGGUGCAGGGGCAUUUGGAUGUGUCUAUCUUGUGAAGCGCAAACCAGAUAAUUCACUGUACGUUAUUAAGGAACAAUCAGGGCAGGGAUCGCAACAAAUAGUAAGAAAUGAGGUGGAGCAGCUCAGGAAGAUGAACCACCCAAACAUAAUUCAAUACUACGGUUGCUCGUACGACAGUGGUAAAUGGUGUAUUGUUAUGCAGUACGCAACAGGUGGAACAUUGAGGGAUUUUCUCCAGCGUCGGGGUCGCCCCCUCAGCGAAGCGAGCGCUCUGUAUUUCUUCGCUCAAAUUAUUAUGGGUGUUCAUCACAUCCACGAAAAAAUGGUUGUUCAUCGUGAUUUGAAACCUGAAAACAUCUUUUUGCAUGGUCCUCAUGGAAAUUUUAUAAAGAUUGGAGAUUUUGGAAUUGCUAAGGACAUUAAAAAGGAAAUUGCAUUGACCAAUAUUGGCACUCGGCUCUACAUGGCCCCUGAAGUCCUCAAAGGACUUCCGUACGACUCUAAAUGUGAUAUUUGGAGUGCUGGAAUCAUCUUGUACGAAAUGCUGACAAAUGUCUUUCCUUUCAGCACUUCGGACUAUCUAAAAAUGAUGUAUCAAAUAAGUCGUGGUAUCCUCAAAGUUCUCCCCGAGGACACAAUUACCCCUGCAACUGUGAAAAUUAAUUACUCAAUGCUUCGAAGACACCCAGAAUCUCGUCCACGGGCAGGGGACCUUGUUCGCACCCGCAGUGUAUUUACAUCCAUAAAAUCCUUCUAUCGUCAUCUAUCGGCUGAGGAUCAGGCUAGACUCUUCAAAUUCGGAGAUUAAUGGAGAACUUCGAAACAUCUAAAGAGCUUCGAACUGCUAACAAAUCGAACCAUGGAGUUGAGAUAUAAAGGGAGAUCACUCAUCAAUCUGUUUCUAGUUUCUGUGAUUUUUGAUAAUUAAGAAAAAUCAUUA